UUCUCUCUCAAAGAAAUUUCAAUCUUUCCUUUACAUUAUUUCUCUCUCUCUCUCUCUCUCAAAAGCUGUGCAUUUUCUUAUCAAAAAAAAAGAAAAAGCUGUGCAUUUUAUUUGCUCAUUCGUCUCACUUCACUCUACCACAUUCAAAAGCACAACAAGAAGAAGCCCCCCUCAAAAUAUCACCAAACAGAGAGAGACCCUUUAAAAUUCCAACUCCCAAAUCCCCAUUUCAAGCCACACAACACAGCUCUAAUCACUUUUAAAUUGCAUUUCAGCCUGUUCAGUAAUUCACACAAUACAGGAUUUGCAAUUGGAGCUGGAUAGUAUUGAGUCAGAUGGGGUUGGAAAUUAUUGCUUUUGAUAUGGCUAUUAAUUUUACUGGUUGGAUUUGAGUACUAGAAGCAAAACCCAUAUGAAAAAAAUGGGCUUUUUUUGUUUAGCAAUAGGAGUUAUGGUUGAUUUUUGCAAGACUUAGAGGGUUUUGGGUAUUGGGUAGUGGAUGCUUCUGUUUUUGUUGAAUUGGGUUUGCUUAGUUUUUACUUUUUGAUUGAAAUUUUUUUGGAAGGGAUUGGUAUAGUUAAGUCAAAAUGCUUGAGCCAGAGCUUUGUUCUUCUCGGGUUCUUUCGCCUUUUCGUGAAGAAAGUGGGGAUGAGGAACUUUCUGUGCUCCCCAGGCACACCAAAGUGAUUGUUACUGGAAAUAAUAGAACAAAGUCUGUGUUGGUGGGCUUGCAAGGCGUGGUCAAGAAGGCUGUUGGCCUCGGAGGUUGGCAUUGGCUGGUUCUGAAAAACGGGGUUGAAGUUAAGCUGCAAAGGAAUGCAUUGAGUGUGCUGGAACAUCCAACUGGGCAUGAAGAAGAUGAUGAUCGUGAUUAUGAUAACUCUAGCAGUGGAUCUGACAUAGGUGAAAAGGAUAAUGAUUUCUCUACUAUAGAUUUUCAAAAGAUGAGCAAACAAAGAAUUCGGACAAGGCCAUGGGUUCCAUCCACAUCAGUGAAGUCGACAAAUCGUGGCAUUUACAGAGAAGUUCAAUCCAUUCACACACCUCAGCCUAGGGUGAACUUGGCAAAAUUAGGAACAGAUUCAUUGUGGAGAUAUUGCAGACACUACCACCUUUUGAGCAGCAAUUCUAAUCCAUCAAGGGAACAAAUGCUUAAUGCUGUGCAGCGCCAUUUUGGGUUGCAGCUAGAAGUGGACGAGGCACAAGUGAUCACUCGAUUUGUUCAUGCUGCCAAGAGACUGAAAUCAGCUGAUAAAAUUAUAAAACGAGAGUUCUGAAUGUCUGGUGCUUGUAUAAUAUACAUAUUAACUCUAACCUUUAGAUCAGAUCUAAUUAGUAGACUGAUAUGGGAGAAUGGUGGUUUGCUAAACCAUAUUCAAUCUCUCACGGAUUCUAACCAUGUGUAAUAUAGGGCCCAAAUUCCUGGUAUUAUCAUAUCCUAUAUUUCCCAGUAGAUGUCUCAUUAUUAGAUAUAGUAUUUGACAAGCAAGUAAUUGACAUGAAGUUUAGAUGGUAUUGAUGCAGGGCAUAGAGUUAUAACCA